AUGGAAGUGCACGCCCAUUUGAUCAUACUCGGCCUCCAUCAAGACGCAAGGCUAAGAAACCUCGUGGUUAAUGUCUACUCGAAGUGCAGGUGCUUCGGCUACGCACGCAAGCUGCUCGACGAAAGUCCUGAACCAGACUUGAUAUCCUGGUCGGCCCUGAUUUCAGGGUAUUCGCAGAAUGGGUUGGGCCAGGAGGCGAUCUCGGCUUUCCGCGAGAUGCAUUCGCUGGGGGUUAAGUGUAACGAGUUCGCUUUCCCUAGUGUGUUCAAGGCUUGUACUCUCACCAAUGAUUUCAGGCUAGGGAAGCAGGUCCAUGGGACGGUGGUGGUCACAGGGUUCGAGAAUGACGAGUUCGUUUUGAACAGUAUGGUCGUUCUUUAUGCAAAAUGUGGGGAGAUUGCGGACUCGACGAGGAUCUUUGAUGCAAUCCCACGCAGGACUGUUGUCUCCUGGAAUGCUUUGCUCAACUGCUACGUGCAGCGUGAUUCGUUUGGGGAGGCGGUGGAGCUGUUUCAGGACAUGAUUGUGAGCCAAACACAGCCUAACGAGUUCACAUUGUCGACUAUGAUAAACGCCUGCACUGGCUUGGAGGAUGGUAGGCAGGGAAGGAAAAUUCACGGGUACUUGAUAAAGCUUGGUUAUGACUUGGAUUUAUUCUCUGCAAAUGCUCUGGUUGACAUGUAUGCAAAAGUAGGAACUCUAAAAGAUUCUGUCAGUGUCUUCAAUGGAAUAGCAAAAGCUGACAUUGUUUCAUGGAAUGCUGUUAUUGCUGGUUGUUCACAUAAUGGAGAAGAUGUUGAAGCUGUUUCUCUUUUCCCUCUGAUGUACGGGGAAGGAGUAGGAGUCAACCAGACAACUCUAUCAACAGUUCUCAAAUCCAUAGCUAGCUUGCAGGCUAGCCACAUUUGCAGGCAAAUGCAUGCACUUUCUCUGAAAUCAGGCUUUGAAUAUAACAAUUAUAUAGUAAACGGCCUUGUUGAUGCUUAUGGAAAAUGUGGACAGUCAGAAGAUGCAUCAAGGGUAUUUAAGGAAAGUCAAACUUCAGAUUUGUUGGCUUUCACUUCUAUGAUAACUGUUUAUUCUCAAGAUGGGCAAGGUGAAGAAGCUCUUAAGCUAUAUUUGGAAAUGCAGAGUCAAGGUAUCAAGCCAGAUGCAUUUGUUUACAGCUCUCUCUUCAACGCCUGUGGGAAUUCUCUUGUCAAUAGUUAUGCCAAAUGUGGGAGCAUAGAUGAUGCAGAACGUGCCUUCCGUGAAAUACCAGAAAGAAGUAUAGUCUCAUGGUCUGCAAUGAUAGGAGGAAUGGCUCAACAUGGGCACGGGAGACUGGCCCUCCAAAUGUUCAAUGAAAUGCUGAAAGAGGGUGUUGCUCCUAAUCACAUAACUCUAGUAAGUGUCCUUUGUGCUUGCAACCAUGCAGGCUUGGUAACUGAUGCCAAGAGAUAUUUCUCAUCAAUGGAGGAGCUAUUUUCUGUUCAACCUAUGGAAGAGCACUAUGCAUGUAUGAUCGAUAUUCUCGGCCGAGCUGGGAAGCUUGAUGAGGCAAUGGAGCUUGUAAACACAAUGCCUUACGAAGCUAAUGCUGCAGUAUGGGGUGCACUUCUUGGUGCUGCUAGGAUACAUAAGAAUGUCGACCUCGGGAGUAAAGCUGCUGAAAUGCUUAUCAAUCUGGAACCAGAAAAAUCGGGUACCCACAUUCUUCUUGCAAAUAUUUAUGCAUCAGCUGGGAUGUGGGAUGGGGUAGCAAAGAUAAGGAAAGUUAUGAAAGACAGUAACGUGAAGAAGGAGCCUGGAAUGAGUUGGAUGGAGAUAAAGGACAAAGUCCACACCUUUAUAGUUGGUGAUAGAAGCCAUCCUAGAGGCAAAGAAAUAUAUGCUAAGCUCGAGGAGCUCAGUGAGCCUUUGAGAAAAGCAGGCUAUGUUCCCAUGGUGGAAACUGAUCUUCAUGAUGUUGAAGAAAGGGAAAAGGCUAAGCUGUUGUACCACCACAGCGAGAAACUUGCAGUGGCUUUUGGACUGAUUGCUACCCCUCCUGGAGCUCCCAUUAGGGUGAAGAAGAACUUACGGAUUUGCUUGGACUGCCAUACUGCAAUCAAGUUGGUUUCGAAGAUUGCUUCGAGGGAAAUCAUCGUCAGAGAUAUCAACAGGUUCCAUCACUUCAGAGAUGGUUUGUGUUCUUGUGGAGAUUACUGGUAA